AUGGCACCUGCCGUCGUCCCGCAGUCCUCGGCGGGCGGUGCCGCUCUCCAGGCCUCUGCUGCCGACGAUCAGCUCACCAUCGAGAUGCUCGGCGCCGGUCAAGAAGUCGGUCGCUCUUGCUGCGUCCUCAACUACAAGGGCAAGACCAUCGUCUGCGAUACCGGCGUUCAUCCUGCUUUCACUGGCAUCGCCGCGCUUCCCUUCAUCGACGAGCUUGACUGGUCCACCGUCGACGCCAUUCUCAUCACCCACUUCCAUCUCGACCAUGCCGCCGCUCUCACUUACAUUAUGGAAAAGACCAACUUCAAAGAUGGUCACGGCAAAGUCUACAUGACCCAUCCUACAAAGGCCGUCUAUCGCUUCCUCAUGUCCGACUUUGUUCGUAUCAGUAAUGCCGGCAAUGACGACAAUCUCUUCGACGAGAAUGAGAUGCUCGCGUCGUGGCGCCAGAUCGAAGCCGUCGAUUUCCACCAGGACGUCUCAAUUGCAGGUGGUCUGCGCUUCACCGCCUACCAUGCAGGUCAUGUGCUCGGCGCUUGCAUGUUCCUCAUCGAGAUCGCUGGCCUUCGUAUUCUCUACACGGGAGACUUCAGUCGCGAGGAGGACCGUCAUCUCGUCCAGGCCGAGAUUCCGCCCGUCAAGCCAGAUGUGCUCAUCUGCGAGUCGACCUACGGCACACAGACCCACGAACCACGCCUCGACAAGGAGCACCGCUUCACUUCACAAAUUCAUCACGUCAUCAAGCGAGGCGGUCGCGUUCUGCUGCCUGUUUUUGUGUUGGGUCGAGCACAAGAGUUGCUGCUCCUCUUGGACGAAUACUGGGCUGCCCAUCCGGAGCUCCACAGCGUGCCCAUCUACUACGCCUCUGCGCUCGCCAAAAAGUGCAUCUCAGUCUACCAGACUUAUAUUCACACCAUGAACGAUCACAUCCGCACGCGCUUCAAUCGCCGCGACAAUCCGUUCGUCUUCAAGCACAUCUCCAAUCUUCGUUCGCUCGAAAAGUUUGAGGAUCGCGGCCCUUGCGUCAUGAUGGCUUCUCCUGGUUUCAUGCAGUCGGGAGUCUCGCGCGAGCUUCUCGAGCGAUGGGCGCCCGACAAGCGCAACGGUCUCAUCGUCUCCGGCUACUCGGUGGAAGGCACCAUGGCGCGCAACAUUCUCAACGAGCCCGACGAGAUCAUUGGCAUGAACGGUCAGAAGAUCCCGCGUCGCAUCUCGGUCGACUACAUUUCCUUCUCAGCGCACGUCGAUUUUGCUCAGAAUUCACGCUUUAUCGACGAGAUCAAAGCGCAACACAUCGUGCUCGUUCAUGGCGAACAGAACAACAUGUCCAAGCUGCGAGCUGCCUUGCAAGCGCGCUUCACAGCCAGGGGAUCGGAUGUCAAGAUUCAUACCCCACGCAACUGCGAACCGCUUACGCUUCAGUUCCGAGCGCAGCGCACUGCAAAGGCGAUUGGUGCCAUCGCUGCCAAGCCACCCGCGCAGGGCGACGUCGUCGACGGCUUGCUCAUCAGCAAAGAUUUUGCGUAUACCAUCCUCGACCCGAAGGACCUGACCGACUUUACUGGUCUCUCGACGAGCACCAUCAUCCAGCGUCAACGAGUGGCGUUGGCGGUGAGCUGGGAGAUGGUGCGCUGGCAUCUUCAGGGCAUGUACGGUCGACUGCAGGAGGGUGUGGACGCGGAGGAGGGGCUGCGAACACUGCGUAUUAUGGGCGCGGUCGAUGUGAGGCAAAGCGCGAAACACGAGUUGCUCGUCGAGUGGGUCAGCAGCAUCGCCAACGAUAUGGUCGCGGACAGCAUUGUUGCAUUGCUUCUCGGCAUCGACAGCGCACCUUCCAGCGUCAAGAUGACCAUGCACAGUCACAAGCAUCAUCACCAUCACGGCGAGACAAAGGCAGAAGGCUCGGACGAGGAUGCGGAAGAUGAAGAAGCGCUGACACCGCCCGAGGUCGGCCCGCUUCAUCCAUUCUCAGAAACAGCAUUGCUGGCGGAGAGCGAGACGAAAGCCAAAGCGGCGAGCGACGAGUCGAUCCGUCACGAUGCAUAUCAGCUGGCCAAGAUCGAGCACAUGGCUGCGUUUCUCGAGGCGCACUUUGGUCAGGUGGAAGAGCUCACCAUCCCAGAGGCACCGCCGAGCAGCGAGGAUAUCGAAGAGACCGAGACCAAGCCUUCCGCUUCUGCUCAAACCGAAGACAAAGCGUCAGGUGCUGCGGAAGAGAACGCUGAUGCGGGGGUCUCCGACGUGGACAUGCCCACCAUCAAGCCAGAUCCCGACUCAACCGACGUCGAGAACGCCACGCCGGAAGAGCCGACCGCUUCGUCGCCCCCCAUCCCGAUCGCCUCGCUGUUCGACGGAGCCCCGCGCCCCGCCCUGCGCGUGUUCCUCGACGAAGCCGAAGCCGUCAUCGACGUGGAGAACCUCGUGAUCCUCGCCUCCUCGCCGUCCUUCCGUGCGCGCGUCGAGCAUCUGUGCACACUGGCACUGCGCUCCUUCACCUCGCUCUCGGACGCCUUCCGGUUGCCACAGCAGAUGGGAACCGCCUUGUUCGCGGGCAAGCACAGCCAGCUGGCGAGCAUUCCAGAGUUUGGCGACCAGAGACCGAGCAAGAUGAUCCGGUCAGAGUGA